CACAACCGAAAACAAGAGGACAACUUCAGAGGCGCAAGAUGAGUUAGGAAGAUGGUAGUAAAACACCCGAAAUAUAAAUAAAUUAUUAUUUAGAGCAGGAAACAUGCCAACGAUGUGUAAGACGUUCUUGACUAUCUUCAGUCACCUGCCAGUCUACUUGGUGGCAGCGUUUGCCAAGCGUCUGUCCCGCCUGGCCGUCACGGCGCUGCCUGCUGCCUUGCUCAUGGUAAUACCCUUCAUCUGCAACCUGAUCCGCCGCCAUCCUGCCUGCCGAGUCCUCAUUCACCGCCCCAGUGCAGCAGACGAAGCCUGUGAUGACCCCUACCUGAUGGAGGACCCCACCCAGUGCUAUGCCCUGGAAAGCAGCCUGUGGGAGCUACAGACUCUUCAGAAGCAUUGUCAGCCUGAUGUGGCCAAGGCUGCCAUGGCGAUCAACAAGCCCCUGUCACAGCAGAAGGAUGACAUCAGCGAGGUCCUGGAGUUAUCCACCUAUGAGCAGAUGGAGCGGGACCUGAAGCAGAGCAAGACUGUGCCGCUGGAGUUUGACCAUGCCAUCAAGCUACUGCAGGGCACUGGAGGAGUGGGGGUGCUGGGCCUGCACUUCUCUCUAGAGUAGAGACAACCAGCACCAGGACAUUCAUAUACCCAGCUCUUUGGACCUCUCUCCGAUAACCCCUUUAUAUUUCAGCUCCACAUUUUUCUCUUGUUUUCUGUUUUGGAUUCAUUGUACUUCAAUCAUGUGUGUUUCCCGAGUGGCGCAGUGGUGGUCUAAGUCACUGCAUCUCAGUGCUAGAGGCAUCACUACAGACCCUGGUUCGAU